AUGCUAGUGGUUACUGUAAGACCGCGCGCAUUUUUUUUGACGAAGCGACUGCUGAAACAGGCUUGUGUACUGAGCAAGGGUUCUACUCCUUCCCCCGGGUUGAAACACCAGUUUGUUGUGUUGUCCAACAAGCAAACUUCGCACUAUUCCACCGCAUCGAGACCUCAAUAUCAAUCUCGUGCCAUGAAGAACCUGAAAUUUGUUAGUGGUGUGGGUGUUGUGGUCAUUGCUGGCGUCUACAUGUCGGUCACCAACAACUACUUCAGUUCUGACACCAUUCCAGGAGCGGGGAUAGGUACUACCGCUUUCUCCACCAGCAGCUCUCAAUCCUCACCGCAGCCACAGGGAAAAAAUGGACUGUAUGUAUAUUCAGGGGAUGCCAUUACCCGCAGAUUGAGAGAAGGUGAGGAGUCAUACUUUGUUGACCGUGGAAACGGCGUUUUGAGGUAUGACGUGUGUCAAUUUGCCAGUAACAACCCAAUUGAAGAUGACCGCAGCGAGAAAAUCGUUCAAGUUCCAUUGCUGGACCAGGGCGCUGAAGUGAACACUGAUUGGAUGUUUUGGGGUGUUUUUGAUGGCCAUGGAGGUUGGGCAACUUCGAAGAAGUUGAAGGAAUCCCUGUUGGGUUGUCUUAUCUCUGAACUGAGUGAUAUCUACACUCCAAGUGAAGGUAACAAGGAUGUCCGGAUUAUACCUAGCCCCCAUGCCAUUGAACAGGCUUUGAAGAGUGGCUUUCUCAAGAUGGAUAAUGAGAUUGUGAACGAGUCAGUCGCAAAGCUAAUGAAAGGAUCAACCGGUAAGGCUGGUGCUGCUGAGUUGCUGAUGCCAGCCCUAUCAGGAUCGUGUGGUCUGGUUUCUUUCUAUGAUACACACUCCCAAAUGCUGAAUGUUGCUGUUACCGGUGACUCCAGGGCGUUGUUGGGGUCUCUCAACGAGAAGGGCGAAUGGACUGUUAAAGCACUCAGUGUUGAUCAAACAGGUUCCAAUCCUGAUGAGGUCAACAGAAUACGCCAAUUGCAUCCAAAUGAGCCAAAUGUUAUUAGAUCCGGAAGAGUGUUGGGAUCGUUAGAGCCAAGUAGAGCGUUUGGAGAUGCCAGAUACAAGUGGGAUAAAGAAACACAGGCAAGAAUAUCGUCCCAGUUUUUUGGAAGAAACAUUCCGAACAACUUGAUCUCUCCUCCAUAUGUGACUGCCGAGCCGGUAGUGUCUACUUCUAAGGUGAAUCCUCGUGGAAACGACUUUAUGGUGAUGGCCAGUGAUGGUUUGUAUGAGAUGUUGUCCAAUGAAGAGAUAGUUGGUCUCGUGGUGAAGUGGAUGGAGAGUUCCAACAUGAUAAAACAGCAGAAACCCUCGAUUUUCAGUAUGUUUGGCUCUUCCGAUAACAGUACUGGUCUACCUAUAGUCCACGAUGUUACCGACGGCAGAAGCGCAAAGCAGCAGAAACAACCUUUUCGCAAGCAUGGCAAUUCAAAGGGGUAUUUCCUGGAAGACGAGAACGUUUCCACACAUCUAAUUCGUAAUGCUUUGGGCAAUGGUGGUUCUAAAGAGGAUUUGGCGAUGUUGGUCAGCAUCCCGUCCCCGUUGUCGAGAAGAUACAGAGAUGAUCUGACUGUGACGGUGGUAUUCUUCGGUGAACCUCAAGGAACAGUCUCUGGAAAAAUGGAGAUCAAUGGAAAUGCCACCAAGGGAGGUUUGCAGAAUGCCCAAGCAAAGCUGUGA